AUGAGCGACAGAGAUUACUCGUACAAGAGCUCCGGCCAUAACAGCCAGGGUAACCAUUACUGCUCCCGUGACUACGGCAGCAGCGCUUCGGAUUCGAACUCGUACCAUUAUUCCAAUCAGGAUGGCUCGUACUAUUACUCCAACCCCGACGGCUCAUCCUACUACAACGACGGUCAGGGUAACUCAACCUACACGCCUGCGUCAGGCUCGACAUCCGCAUCAGGAAAUGGAGGUAGUAACAGCAGCAGUGGUGAUAAGAAGUAG